UUCAAAAAGAAGUCAGUUUUAUUUAAACUCCAUGUUGAAAGCAAACGAUUCUGUCAAACACUUUGAAGAAGGAAAAAGUAGUGGCACAAUGUUUUGUCAAGAAAGCCCAGGGAAAAAAGAAUGUAGUAAAACUAAGUAGCAAUAUGGAGAAUGGGCAACCUCAUGAAGAAAAAUGAGCACAACCUUUGCUUUGUUCUCUCUUUUGUUUUCCUGUUGUUGGUUUUUUUUUCCUUUCCCAACAUCCCUUCAUAUAUGCACAUUUAUCUGUUCAACUUCAGGAAAAGUUGGAAGAUGGUGCCAAACCUCUUGAAUGGUUGUCUUCAGCUGAGUGAUUAUUUUUUUCUUUCAGUUUUUCUGGGUUUUCCAACUGUUCCUCAAUAAACAUCGCUUUCUGACAGGGUAAAGCAAAAUGCAUUUUAAAAGAAGUAAUGGCAGGUGUUCUGUCCAUCCAGGCCAGAAGACAGCCCAGGCCAGGGCAGGCAGAAGGCGUAGUAGACUCCCCUCCGUUAGUUCUGCCCUCCUGGUCUUUGCCCAGCUCUCGCUCCCUGCUUUGUCUCUCCAGUCGCGUCCAAUACCCAGAGCAACGAAAAGAACUGUUCAAAACGUAAAGCCUGUGAGAGGGGCCACGCAGAGACAGGGAGACCCCGCUGCCAGGCCGGGCGUCCGCAGGGGCAUCGCUGCCGAGCAGCGCUUUGCGUCAUGUGGGGCCCGCCCCUUGUGGGGCUCUCGGCCGCCUUGGCCGCCGUCGUGGAAGCAGGAUUUCCGCGGUUGUGUAAUCGCACCUCACGGGCGCGGCGAGGCCCGGGCUCCGCAUCCCUCCUCCGACUGGUCUCCGGCGGCCGAGCCAUGGCCUGGACGGCGGCGGCGCGGAGCUGUGGGGCCCGCGGCGCGCUCACGGCGCACACGCUCCUGUUCGACCUGCCGCCCGCGCUGCUGGGCGAGCUCUGCUCUGUCCUGGACAGCUGCGACGGCGAACUGGGCUGGCGCGGCCUGGCGGAGCGACUUUCAAGCACCUGGCUGGAUGUUCGUCACAUUGAAAAAUAUGUAGACCAAGGUAAAAGUGGAACAAGAGAAUUACUUUGGUCCUGGGCACAGAAAAACAAGACCAUCGGGGACCUUUUACAGAUUCUCCAGGAGAUGGGGCAUCAUCGAGCUAUCCAUUUAAUUGUGAACUAUGGAGCAGUCUUGAAUCCUUCAGAGCAGAGUCAUCAGGGAGAUGGAUUUCCAAACAUGUUACCCAAGGAAACAGCUAAUGUCACAGUGGAUAAUGUUCUUAUCCCUGAACGUAAUGAAAAAGGAAUAUUGUUUAAAUCCUCCAUGAGCUUUCAAAACAUCAGAGAUGGAACCAAAAAUUUCCACAAAGAUUUCCUAAUUGGAGAAGGGGAGAUUUUUGAGGUAUACAGAGCGGAGAUCCAAAACCGAACAUAUGCCAUUAAAUUAUUUAAACAGGAGAAAAAAAUGCAAUGUAAGAAACAAUGGAAGAGGUUUUUAUCUGAGCUUGAAGUUUUACUACUGUUUCAUCAUCCAAACAUACUGGAAUUGGCUGCCUAUUUUACAGAGAGUGAGAAGUUCUGCCUGGUUUAUCCAUAUAUGAGAAAUGGAUCCCUUUUUGACAGAUUACAGUGUGUAGGUAACACGGCCCCACUCUCUUGGCACAUUCGAAUCAGUGUUUUAAUAGGAACCUCCAAAGCCAUUCAGUACUUGCACAACACGGAGCCGUGCUCGGUCAUCAGCGGCAGUGUAUCAAGUGCAAACAUACUCUUGGAUGAUCAGUUCCACCCCAAACUAACUGAUUUUGGCAUGGCACACUUCCGGCCCCACCUGGAACAUCAGAGCUCUACCAUAAGUAUGACCAGCAGCAGCAGUAAACAUGUGUGGUAUCUGCCCGAAGAGUACAUCAGACAGGGCAAACUUUCCAUCAAAACGGACGUCUAUAGCUUUGGAAUUGUAAUAAUGGAAGUUCUGACAGGUUGUAAAGUGGUGUUAGAUGAUCCGAAGCAUAUCCAGCUGAGGGAUCUCCUUAUGGAAUUGAUGGAGAAGAGAGGCCUCGAUUCAUGUCUUUCAUUUCUAGAUAAGAAAGUGCAUCCCUGUCCUCGGAAUUUCUCUGCCAAGCUCUUCUCGUUGGCAGGCCAGUGUGCUACCACGCGGGCAAAGUUAAGACCGUCAAUGGAUGAAGUCCUAACCACUCUUGAAAGUACUCAAGCCAGGUUAUAUUUUGCUGAGGAUCCUCCCACGUCUCUAAAGUCCUUCAGGUGUCCUUCGCCUCUGUUCUUGGAGAACGUACCAAGUAUUCCAGUGGAAGAUGAUGAAAACCAGAAUAAUUGUUCACCACCUCAUGAUAAAGGUUUGAGAAAAGAUGGAGUGACUCAGAAAGUUCCAUUUGAAUGUAGCCAGUCUGAGGUUACGUUUCUGGGCUUUGACAGAAAGACAGGCAGUGAGAGAAAUGAGGAUGCCUGCAGCAGGCCCAGUUCUUCUUGUCAAGAAAGUUGGCCUCCAAAGCAUUCCGCUCUAUCCCAGGACCCAAGCGCCUGUGGUACAUUUAUGGACCCUUCUGCAGAAACUCCAGGCCAUUCUUACAGGAGCAGGCCAGUGGAGACCAGCUGUUCCUGCAAUUUCUCCUGGAACAAAUGUGAACCGUACAAAAGAGAAUCGAUCUCACCAGAAGACAAAGAAGAAAGCAAGUAUUGCUAAGGCACCUGAGUACAGGUACCAUCUUGGGAAAACAUUGUCACCAUAAGUCAUGCUAUGAGGACUAUCGAUGGUGAGUUUGGGGGAUGCAGAUCAAUAAUCUGGACAAUGCUAUUCCUUCCUUCCCAAUUCCUAGGCUUACACCUAGGCUAAAUUAGAGCCGUUCAAAAUUACUUAAGAUCAUGAGCUCUGACCUCAGACAAACAAAACCUACCACAAAAGGGACUGGAUUCUCCUGUCUUCUUCAUCAGCAGCAUGAGCCCUCAGAGCCUCCAGUCUGCUAAGUAGGUUCAGUUCAGUUAAAUCCCAUUGUUCUGUUUAGCUUGCUCUCGAAGGUCGUAGGAACUGUCUAAUUUGUAAAUGUUAACAGAUGCCUUUUUAAGGAAUUACCUUUUUGUUUAUUUUAAUUAACACUUAGUAUUUUUUCUGUUCAUCCCUGUCAAGCCUGCCUGCCUGAAAAUGAGCCAGAUUCACUCUUGACUAUGACAUGUUCUCUGUAGGGAGGGGAGAGGGGAUUCUUGCCCAAGAUCUGGAUUUCUGUAUUUAAACUGUUAGGAUAGUUUAUCACAUAUCAUAUAGUUGUUAGCUAUUAUUACAAUUUUUUUUACAAACUUAGGAAUGAAUUUGACAUUCAUAAUCCUGAGUAGAAUUUAUGAAAUUUUAAUCAAGUAAAUUUUGUUUCUGAGAAAAUGGCUGGUCACAAGGGCUUAUGUCAGCUUUUUGUUUGAUCCUAUGCCUGCCAACUCUGUGCCUUUACUCCUCCUGUUUACUGGGUCUUCCCCUGUUGAAAUCCUACCCGGGCCGUCAAGGCCCAGCAGAACUGCGUCUUCCAGGAAGCUUCCCCGAGCCAGAAGUACUCGCCUCAUCAGCAUUACCAUAGCAUUGUUUUUGUGUUUCUAUUAUAUACGUGUCACUUUCUGAAUUGUACCAAAGUUGCCUAUGCCGUCUUCUCUCUCUUACUGGGUUGUAAACUACCUGUAUUAAUGUCAUAUUGUUGCUAUAAUAAAUUAUGACAAACUUAGUGGGUUAAAACAAUAUAAGUUGGGGUGUCUGACUGGCUCAUUCAGUAGAACAUCUGCCUCCUGAUCUCAGGGUCGUGAGUUCGAGCCCCACGUUGGGUA